GAGCGGGGCGCGGCGCCCCGAGGAUGGAGAGAGCGAUGGAGCAGCUCAACCGCCUGACCCGCUCGCUGCGCCGCGCCCGCACCGUGGAGCUGCCCGAAGAUAAUGAAACGGCUGUUUAUACAUUAAUGCCAAUGGUUAUGGCUGACCAGCAUAGAUCUGUUUCAGAAUUAUUAUCCAAUUCAAAGUUUGAUGUCAAUUAUGCAUUUGGACGAGUGAAAAGAAGCUUACUUCACAUUGCUGCAAAUUGUGGAUCAGUCGAAUGCUUGGUUCUGCUGUUAAAAAAAGGAGCAAAUCCUAACUAUCAAGAUAUUUCAGGGUGUACACCCCUUCAUCUGGCAGCUAGAAAUGGUCAAAAGAAAUGCAUGAGUAAAUUAUUAGAAUACAGUGCAGAUGUCAACAUUUGCAAUAAUGAAGGACUGACUGCAAUCCACUGGUUGGCUGUAAAUGGAAGAACAGAGCUACUUCAUGAUCUUGUGCAGCAUGUCAGUAAUGUGGAUGUUGAAGAUGCAAUGGGACAGACAGCAUUGCAUGUUGCAUGCCAGAAUGGUCAUAAGACAACAGUGCAGUGCUUACUAGACAGUGGUGCUGAUAUCAAUAGGCCAAAUGUGUCUGGAGCUACCCCACUGUAUUUUGCUUGCAGUCAUGGCCAGAGAGACACAGCACAGAUUCUUCUUUUACGAGGAGCAAAAUAUCUGCCGGAUAAAAAUGGAGUUACCCCUCUGGAUUUGUGUGUACAGGGUGGCUAUGGAGAGACUUGUGAAGUAUUAAUUCAGUAUCACCCUAGGCUUUUCCAAACAAUUAUUCAAAUGACACAGAAUGAAGACCUUCGAGAAAAUAUGUUGCGACAAGUUUUGGAGCAUUUGUCUCAGCAAAGUGAAAGCCAGUACCUAAAGAUUCUGACAAGUCUUGCUGAAGUUGCAACAACAAAUGGUCAUAAGCUGCUUAGCCUGUCUAGCAAUUAUGAAGCACAAAUGAAGAGUCUCUUAAGGAUUGUGAGGAUGUUUUGUCAUGUCUUUCGAAUUGGCCCAUCCUCUCCCAAUAAUGGAAUUGAUAUGGGCUACAAUGGGAAUAAAACUCCAAGAAGUCAGGUGUUCAAGGUCAGAAAAGUAUAUGACGUUGUUAGGAAGAUAGACGUUAAAGAGAUGAAUUUCACAAAGCAUGCAUUCUUUAAUCAGAACCCUCAUGAACAGGACCCUUUGGAAUUGCUCUGGCACUCAUUAGAUGAAUGGCUAGUGUUAAUAGCCACAGAGUUGAUGAAAAACAAAAAGGACUCCACCAACAUCACCUCUAUUUUAUUGAAGCAAAAGGGGCCAGAUCAGCGAGAUACUACUUCCAUCCCUUCAUUCAGCAGUCCAGGAACUGGAAGCAGAGAAAAUCUAUCCAUUGACCCAGGGGAAUCUAAACCAGAUGAUGUUGCAGGGAAGCAGGAAGCUAGUGCGGAUUGUCAGGAUGUUAUCUCCAUGACAGCUAACCGGCUAAGUGCUGUCAUUCAGGCUUUUUAUAUGUGCUGCUCUUGUCAGAUGCCUCCAGGAAUGACUUCACCCCGUUUCAUAGAAUUUGUAUGCAAACAUGAUGAAGUUCUUAAAUGCUUUGUUAAUCGAAACCCCAAAAUAAUUUUUGACCAUUUUCACUUCCUCCUUGAGUGUCCUGAAUUGAUGUCAAGGUUCAUGCAUAUCAUCAAAGCACAGCCUUUUAAAGAUCGUUGUGAGUGGUUCUACGAACAUUUGCAUUCAGGGCAAUCAGAUUCAGACAUGGUACACAGGCCAGUGAAUGAAAAUGAUAUCCUGCUGGUUCAUAGAGAUUCUAUUUUUAGGAGUAGCUGUGAAGUUGUGUCUAAAGCAAAUUGUGCAAAGCUAAAACAGGGGAUUGCUGUGCGUUUCCAUGGAGAAGAAGGCAUGGGUCAAGGGGUUGUACGUGAGUGGUUUGAUAUUUUAUCCAAUGAGAUAAUUAACCCUGAUUAUGCAUUGUUCACCCAAUCAGCUGAUGGAACAACUUUUCAGCCUAAUAGCAACUCAUACGUCAAUCCUGAUCACUUGAAUUAUUUCCGGUUUGCUGGACAGAUCUUGGGUUUAGCUUUGAACCACAGACAGCUGGUCAACAUUUACUUUACAAGGUCAUUCUACAAGCACAUUCUUGGUAUUCCUGUAAAUUACCAGGAUGUGGCAUCUAUUGAUCCAGAAUAUGCAAAAAAUCUGCAGUGGAUACUGGAUAAUGAUAUUAGUGAUCUGGGUCUAGAAUUAACCUUUUCUGUUGAGACAGAUGUGUUUGGAGCAAUGGAAGAAGUGCCUUUGAAACCUGGGGGUGCAAGCAUUCUUGUGACACAAGACAACAAAGCAGAAUAUGUCCAGCUUGUUACUGAGCUCCGAAUGACAAGAGCCAUUCAGCCUCAGAUCAAUGCUUUCUUACAGGGCUUUCACAUGUUCAUUCCACCUUCCCUUAUACAACUUUUUGAUGAAUAUGAACUGGAGUUACUGCUUUCUGGUAUGCCAGAAAUUGAUGUGAGUGAUUGGAUAAAAAAUACAGAAUAUACCAGUGGCUAUGAAAGAGAUGAUCCAGUUGUUCAGUGGUUCUGGGAAGUUGUGGAAAGCAUAACUCAAGAAGAAAGAGUGCUUCUGUUGCAAUUUGUUACUGGCAGUUCCAGGGUCCCACAUGGUGGUUUUGCUAAUAUAAUGGGUGGAAGUGGAUUGCAAAAUUUUACAAUAGCUGCUGUGCCCUACACUCCAAAUCUGCUACCAACAUCAAGUACAUGCAUCAACAUGCUCAAGUUACCUGAAUACCCAAGUAAGGAAAUCCUUAAGGACAGGCUGCUUGUGGCAUUACACUGUGGAAGCUAUGGUUACACGAUGGCGUAAUGAAGUCUGGAAAACUCAUCUGACUACUGAGGCGUGAUUCAGAGUGGCAGAAGUCAUUUAGGAAACCAUCAACAGAGAAGCAGCCCAGGGGCAGGGCUGAUGUUUAAAAUUCCUAAAGGAUCUUUUUUUUUCUCCUUUCUUUCAUUGUGUGUUUGUUGAAGUUUGUGAUACAAUUACAGAAGAUUUUCAAUUGCAGUAGAUUUCAUUUGUAAAUAUAUAUAUUUACAUGUAUAUACAUAUACAUGUAUAUAGUUUUGUAUUUGAAAUAGCUCCUUUCCUUAUUCAUGUUGCCUUAAUCUGCACCAAAUGUAUUAAGUCUCAGUCCUGUUGUACAUUCCACUUCUGCCAUUUAAUUGUUAGGCUUCAGAAGAUGAUCUGUUUUUGUUUUUUCCAUUUUUACUCUCAAAUUGAAUCAUACCCAGACUCUCCCAGUCUUGUAUAUUUUGUUGCAUGCAAAGUGCCAUUUAUUUUUUUGAGAAAAAAACAAUAUAUAAAUGGGUUGAAUUUGAUUGUGUAUAAAGCCACAAAUAUGUAUUUUCUCACAUUGUAUCUAUAUUGCAAUGAUGUUUUUUAAGCUUUUUAAUAUUUUAAUAUAUAAAGUUAAGACCAGUGUCAUUGAUAAAUAGGUGAUGAAAUGACAUCUAAUUUACAUAUUAAAGUUUACACUAUAUUGGACUUUGUGUCUUAAUUGGUAAAUUUGCCCCUUGUAUAUAUCAUUUAUAUGCAUGCAUUUAUAGACAUAUAUGUUCUCAAAUCUCUUAUUCCUGGAUUUAGUUUUCAUUUGUAUUUGAGGUAGAAUUUAAAUGUAAAAUUUUAUCAUCAUUCUUUUAACCAGUCAUUUUUGUUUUUACUUAUGAAUUCUGAGGACAUACC